GCGCGUGAGUGUGUGCGCGAGCGCUUCUGCAUGCACACACAGCAUCAGCAUCAUCAAAGAGAAAGACCUGCGAGCUCUUUACGCGCGCUGGAAACACGCAGUGCUUUUGCUGCUCUUGUGCAUUUAAUAGUGCAGCCCAGCUCCGGUGAUCAUCAGAAAGGAGAGGACGGGCUUCUGGAUUAUAACUCUGGUGCUUCUAGAUGAAUUCACAGGCGGUACCGAGCCGGUGAAACCAGAUUGAAAACCUGGACCCGACAGCGAUGUUGAUCAGGUUAUGAGUGCACUUACAGCUUGGUGAUCCACAGAUAAGCCAAUGAGAGGAUGGCCAGAGGUCACAUGAUCUACAGAAGCGCCUACCAGCUGAUUCUUCUGAGCGUGCUCCAGCUGGCACAUGCGGAAACUCCUCCUCAGUUCACUCGGACGCCCGUUGAUCAGAUAGGUGUUCAGGGGGGCGUGGCCUCCUUCGUAUGUCAAGCCACAGGAGAUCCGCAGCCUAGAAUCACAUGGAGCAGAAAAGGCAAAAAAGUCACCAACCAGAGAUUCGAGGUGAUAGAGUUUGAGGAUGGUUCAGGGUCUGUGUUGCGAGUGCAGCCGCUGCGGACCCCCCGUGAUGAGGCUGUGUAUGAAUGUGUGGCAUCUAAUGAAGCAGGAGAGAUCAGCGCCUCCACACGGCUCAGUGUUCUCCGCGAGGACCAGCUUCCCGCUGGUUUCCCGUCUAUAGAUAUGGGUCCUCAGCUGAAGGUGGUGGAGCGUUCUCGCACUGCUACCAUGCUGUGUGCAGCCAGUGGAGCACCUGACCCUGAGAUCACCUGGUUUAAAGAUUUCCUCCCCAUAGACACAUACACUCACGGGCGGAUCAAACAGCUGCGCUCAGGUGCACUUCAGAUUGAUCAGAGUGAAGAAACUGAUCAGGGUAAAUACGAGUGUGUCGCGACCAACAGCGAAGGAACGCGCUACUCGGCGCCAGCUAACCUUUACGUCAGAGAGUUAAGAGAUGUGCGUCGCAUCCCUCCUCACUUCUCAGUGCCACCGAUGGAUUAUGAGAUCAUGCCGGGAGGAAGUGUGAAUAUCUCCUGUCAGGCAGUGGGCGUCCCCAUGCCAUAUGUCAAGUGGAUGCUGGGAUCAGAGGAUUUGACUCCAGAAGAUGACAUGCCUAUUGGGCGGAAUGUUUUAGAGCUCACAGAUGUAAGCCAGUCUGUCAACUACACGUGUGUGGCCAUGUCGACUCUCGGAGUUAUUGAAACCAUUGCUCAGAUCACAGUUAAAGCCCUUCCCAAUCCUCCAGGAGCUCCAGUUGUCAUGGAGCGAUCUGCCACCAGCAUUACUCUAAUGUGGGACAGUGGAAAUCCACUUCCUGUCUCAUAUUACAUCAUCCAGUAUCGUCCCGCCUCCUCCACCGACCCCUUUAAAGAAAUUGAUGCCAUAGCAACAACUCGUUACAGCGUGGGUGGACUCAGCCCCUACUCACACUACCAUAUCCGGGUCAUGGCGGUGAAUUCGAUCGGCCGCGGCCCACCGAGUCAGACGGUGGAAGCUCGCACGGCCGAACAGGCGCCUAGUUCCCCUCCUCGUCGCGUCAGAGGUCGGAUGCUGAGUGGUUCCACGGCGAUGGUGCAGUGGGAGGAGCCAGAGGAAGCCAACGGUCAGGUGGUUGGUUACAGGGUGUAUUACACGUCAGAUUCAUCGCUGCUUGUGAACCAAUGGGAGAAGGAAAUGGUUCGAGGGGCCAAUUUUUUGAACAUACGAGACCUGACACCAAACAAAACCUAUUAUAUUAGAGUUCUCGCCUUCACCGCAGUGGGAGAUGGACCUCUUUCCAGCGACCUGCACAUCAUUGCCAGGACAGGAGUCCCAUCCCAGCCCACAGAGCUGAAGGCAGAGGUGAAAUCAGAGACUAGCAUUCUUCUGUCGUGGAUCCCUCCUGCUCACAGCGGCACAGAUGCCAUCACUGGCUAUGAGCUCAUUUACAGGCUUGGAGACCAGCCAGAGCAGAAAAUAUCAUUUGAUCCCAGCUCUAGUUAUCUGCUGAAGAAUCUGAAGCCGUUUUCCACUUACAUAUUUCAACUAGCAGCGCGCAGUAAACACGGCCUAGGAGCGUUCACCAGUGAAAUCACAGUUCAGACUCCACAAACACUGUUUGCCGUGAACUUCAGAGUGAAAGCUGCUAUGAAGACUUCAGUGCUGCUGAGCUGGGAGUCGCGGACCACCAGUAAUAAAGCACUGUCUCUCGUUAUCUCAUAUGGUGAUGGUGAGAGUGUGGAGGUGGAUGGGCGGCUCGGGCAGAAGUUGGUGACCAAGCUGAAGCCCCAGUCUCUCUACACCUUCCUGUUGACCAGUAAAGCUGAUGGCACUGGAGGCCUGGAGCACCGUGCAGAAGCCAUGACGGCUCCAAACCUGCUGACCGGGAAACCCCAGCUGCUGGACAAGACCAGCUCUCAGAGCAUCGCUACCCUGCAGCUGCCCACUGUCCAGGGACAGGCUAAUGUCAGGGGAUACUACAUUGUGGUUGUCCCUUUGAAGAGGCAGAGAGGAGGAAACUUCCAGAAUUUAUGGAGUGAUCCAGAUGAGAUGAACAUUGAUGAGCUGCUGAGGGAGAUUAAUGGCACCGGUCACUCUGUGCGUCUACGGAGGCAGGCGGAGGCAAAACCGUACAUCAGCGCUCAUUUCCAGAAUCUCCCAUCUGAAUUCAAACUGGGAGACGGACGUGUGUAUGGAGCAUUCAUGAACCGACCUCUUGUAAACGGACAGGAGUGUGUGUGUUUCGUGCUGGCUAUUCUUGAGCUGGGCCAGAACACCUUGUACUCCACGAGUCCAUUCUCUGAUGUCGUGCUGUUCUCCGAUGUUGAGCCGCAGCCAAUCGUAGACGAGGAGGAGGGGCUUCUGUGGGUGGUGGGGCCCGUGCUGGCCGUCAUCUUCAUCAUUAGCAUCGUCAUCCUCAUCCUCCUCUUUAAAAGGAAGCGGGCAGAGCUGGAGGGCAGGAAGUGCAGCUUUCCCAGCAGCAGUAAAGCCAUGAGUUCCCAGCAUCCAUCUGACCCAGUGGAGCUGCGUAGAAUCAACUUCCCAACGGCUGGUUUGCGUGCAUCUAUCAUCGGUUAUCGACGGUUAUCAAGCAUGACCAGCCACCCUCCAGUGUCCGUCUCAGAACUGCCAGCUCAUGUAGAGAGGAUGAAAGCCAAUGACAGCCUGAGGUUCUCUCAAGAGUAUGAGUCUAUUGAUCCCGGGCAGCAGUUCUCAUGGGAACAUUCUAACCUUGAGAUUAACAAGCCAAAGAACAGAUACGCCAACGUCAUCGCCUACGACCACACCAGAGUAGCUCUCUCCAACAAUGAUGGUGUUCCUGGAGGGGACUACAUCAACGCCAACUUCAUAGAUGGCUAUCGCCGACAGGGCGCAUACAUCGCCACCCAGGGCCCCAUGCCAGACACGUUUAGUGACUUCUGGAGGUUGGUGUGGGAACAACACACGGCAAAUAUCAUCAUGAUCACCAAACUUGAGGAGAAAUCCAGGAAUAAAUGUGAUCAGUACUGGCCCAGCAGAGGCACAGAGACAUACGGACUGAUGCAAGUCACUUUACUGGACACGGUGGAGCUCGCAACCUACUGCGUCAGGACAUUUGCUCUUAUUAAGAGUGGGAGUGGCGAGAAAAGGGAGGUUCGUCAGUUACAGUUUACAGCGUGGCCAGAUCAGGGGGUACCUGAACACCCCACUCUCUUCCUGGGCUUCCUCAGACGGGUCAAAGCCUGCAACCCCCCAGACGCCGGACCCAUUGUGGUCCACUGCAGUGCUGGUGUGGGCCGAACGGGCUGCUUCAUUGUGAUUGAUGCCAUGUUGGAGCGUGUGAAGCAGGAGAAGACGAUAGAUGUUUAUGGUCACGUGACUCUGAUGCGAUCUCAGCGAAACUACAUGGUGCAGACAGAGGAGCAGUACGUCUUUAUUUAUGAAGCUCUGCUGGAGGCCGUGUACUGCGGCAACACCGAGGUUCCGGCACGGACCCUUUACACUUACAUCCAGAGACUGUCACAGACAGAACCGCCGGAGCACAUCAGCGGAAUGGAGCAGGAGUUUAAACGGUUAGCUAAUGCCAAAGCUCAUAACUCCCGAUUCGUCAAUGCCAGCCUUCCGUGCAAUAAGUUCAAAAACCGAUUGGUCAAUAUCAUGCCAUAUGAGACCACACGUGUGUGUCUGCAACCAAUCAGAGGAGUGGAGGGCUCAGACUAUGUCAAUGGCAGUUUUAUAGAUGGCUACAGGCAGCAGCGGGCGUAUAUUGCGACUCAGGGGCCGCUGGCAGAGACCGUUGAAGAUUACUGGAGGAUGCUUUGGGAACACAAUUCUACUAUAGUAGUUAUGCUUACUAAACUCAGAGAAAUGGGAAGGGAGAAAUGUCAUCAGUACUGGCCAUCGGACAGGUCAGCACGCUAUCAGUACUUCGUGGUGGAUCCCAUGGCUGAGUACAACAUGCCUCAGUAUAUACUGCGAGAGUUUAAAGUCACAGACGCAAGGGACGGUCAGUCUAGAACAGUCCGGCAGUUUCAGUUCACGGAUUGGCCAGAGCAGGGCGUGCCAAAAUCUGGUGAAGGCUUCAUUGAUUUCAUCGGUCAAGUGCACAAAACAAAAGAGCAGUUUGGUCAGGACGGGCCCAUCACAGUACACUGCAGCGCUGGUGUUGGGAGGACAGGUGUAUUUAUCACUCUGAGUAUAGUUCUGGAGAGGAUGCGUUAUGAAGGAGUGGUAGACAUCUUCCAGACUGUCAAAAUGUUGCGUACUCAAAGACCAGCCAUGGUGCAGACGGAGGAGCAGUACCAGUUCUGCUAUCGAGCAGCGCUGGAAUACCUGGGCAGUUUUGAUCACUAUGCAACAUAAAACCUUCCUCUGGACCAAGGGCCACAUCAUCACACACGGAGACCUGCAUCUGAUCAGUCUGACAGUCUCUUUCUGUUGCUCACAGAUCAAGAGUCUGUUUGAUUUCUCUCGACAGCACACAGUUUAACAGCCAGACAGAGAGGGAGGGCAGCUGGGAUACAGAACUGUCACAACAAAUUGUAGCUCCAUUCAUAUAGCUGAAAGUUGUCGAGUCAUAUUUGGGGUGGAUUCAAACUCUGGCAACCAGCCAACAGAACCAAUGAGAUCGCGUGUGCUGUCUGGACCGAUUCGACAGACCAAUGAGAUGCCAAAAGCAAGGGAGGAGACAACAGUCAAACUAUUUAAUGGUACUUUUACUUCUCAGAAUUCAUUCAACACCAGACAACCCGGUUCAUUGAGGAAUGCAGUCCAGGUUUAAAGUUUCCACUGUUUUUGUCACCAGUUUGUGGAUAGUAGAUCCACCGACUCACUUAAAAUGAAAUUCUGCCACAGCCGAAGUAUUGGUGCUUAUGCUAGUAUGCUGUUCGUUUAUCUGUAGCACACACACUUAGAUAUAUACGUGCAUAUCUAUCACAGAUGAACAAGCUGAACAUGGAGAUUUGUUUAAAAACAAAUGUGCAAUAUUAAAGUGAACCACACCUUCAAGGUUAAAUCCACUCAAGUAUUAGAGAUAUUCUCACUGUAAUUAUAUCGUCUCAUUAUUCCUAUAUGAUAUCAAGUACAAAACAAAAUGUUAUUAUGCAUAUUAGCACAUUAUAUAUAUAUAUAUAUAUAUAUAUAUAUAUAUAUAUAAAACUGUCAAUGUAUUGAUUGAUAUUUAUACUAUGUGAGUGAGUUGUCAGUGCAUAUAAGUUACAAAAAGUACUGAUUGCAGUAACAUUUAAAUAGUUUUUAUUAUUAUUAUUAAACUUACCAAAACAGAUGCUUUAAAUCAGGUUUGGAAGUCCAAAUGCCACAAACUAUCUGAACAUGACACGUUUAAAACAAUAACAAUGGAUCAUUUACACUGGUAGUGCCUUAUCAUAGUCACAUGUUUAAAAUGGUUCUCUAUUUAAGUUAAAUGUUCCACAUUUAUGAAUAUGAACCUGCUUUUAUUUAAAAAAAGAGAUAAUUAGUACAAAUGAAUUCAAUUCAGUUACAUCCAUCAGAGUGAAUUUUAAUAUAUAUAUUUCACAUCAAGACCAAAUUUAAGUACCAGGGUGAUUUAUUCAUCAAUUAAAGUACUGCCAAGAUGACUAGACAAUAUUACUGAAAGCCAAUAUGUGUCCAUUUUUGAGAGGACACACGUUUAUUGUAUCUAUAUUUGGCUAAGAGAACUGCAUAUUCCAUUACAUAUAUAAUAGCUAUUAUAAAUUAUUUUGAUUUGAGUGUGCAAGAGGAAAUAGUCCACAGCACUGCAGGAAACGUUCAUUUGUAACGGUUACUGUUUUUAUUCUUGUUUAUCAGUGUUAUUAUGAUCGUAUCAAUGGUGUUAGUGUGCUAACAUCAACAACAAAAAGGCAGUUUUUCAUGCUGGUGAGGACGCAUUCGAAAAGAGGAUUUCAAAACUCAGAGCUAGUUGCUUCAAACUAAAUCAGAUUUUAAAAGACUUUUCACUUUUCACAGUUGGAUGUCCAGAAUUUGAUUCCGAAAACUUUGAUGCAUGAUGAAUUAGAUCUACAACUUCGGCAACAAACCUAACGUGUCUGUAUCAACGUCAUGGACCAUGACCGUCUUAAGGUUAUGCUUUGGGAUAUGACCGCACUGUUGUUCUAUGCACUAACCCUUACUAUUUCUUCAACACAGAAUGUCAUUUGUAUUGAAUGAGAUGAAUUUUAGUGUUGCUCACAGUGUGUGCAUGUUAAGAGAAACACAAGUUUUGGUUCCAAAGCUUAAGAGAUAAUAUGUGCAUAAUGUUAUUGUUGAAACCUGUUGUUUAAUAUGAGUGGUUCUCCUUCAAGUCCACCUGCAAUAGUCAUCAUUCAGUAAUUCCUGAGGAAGUCUGGUCCCUGCAAACUUCAGCUCAUUUCCCUUUGGGUCUAAGGAAAUGUUAUACUUUCUUUACUUUCGCAGCAUCUUCGUCUACUUUUAUUUUUUUAAACCAGAGUUGAGUUGGUUUUGUAUUUUGAAAAGCUAACAUGCAAAUCUUCCACUAUCUACCUUCUCCAUAUCGUUACAUCUUACAGCGUAUUAAUAUCAUUACCAAGUUUCAGGGGUUUUCAAAUGUCAACUUUUGUUGAAACUAGCUAUGCUUAUAUUUUCUAGAGGAUGUCAAUUAGCAUUUGUUUAAUGGGACAUUCUAUGCUAAUCUCUCUCUCAAAAAAAAAAAGUCAUCUAUUUUCCAGUGCAUGACGGUCACCAUUUGUACAGAGACGAAGGCACCCUCAGAUUUUGACGAAUCAUGUGAAAAAUAAACUAGCACAAUCUGUAUCAUGUAAUCUGACCAAAUAUCCAUUUUCAUAUUGUUGAACAUUGUGUGGUUUUACAAUUUCACCCAUCAACAAUUAAUGUGAAACACAAAAGGGAAAUCUUUUACCUCUGGUUUUUGUAUUAAAUGUAAAUAUUUCAGAGGACAUUUCUUUCUUUUUUUAAUUUUCCUACUUUAUGUUGUAAGGACAGAUGUGUGAGGAUACAACUGUAUUGGAAAAGUUUUAUUUGUUACAAAUAAAAUGGUAAGAACUUG